AUGGCGGCCUUGAGGGAAAAGGCUAAACUCGGAGGAGAUAUGCAUCGAUUUUACAAAGGAAUUGGAGGAGGAUGUGUUCUUAUGGGAAAAGCAUGCGAUGGCGAAGACAGAAAUCGCAUUCUCAAUCAGGAGAAUUGGUUCGCAAAUAAUCACGCAAUAUAUCUGCAACCAUGUUCUCGGAACUUUGAUCCAAUACCAUUGGUUGUUUACUUUGCAUCGGUAUGGAUUCGAUUGUACAAUUUACCCAUUGAAUAUUGGAGUGAGGUUAUUCUGGAAAAGAUCGACAGAACCUUGGGGACUCUAUUGGAAGUAGAUUUUGAUGAUGAGGACGAUCUCUGCAAAUAUGCCCGUUUGAGGAUUGCAGCGGUUAAAAGGAUUCCUGAGUUAGACACAUUUUUAACUUCAAGCGGUGAAUGGCGCCAACAAGUGGAAAUUGAAAAAGAAAUUAAACAAUGUCCUAGAUGCGAGAGCAAGUUUCAUGGAUUGGAUGAAUGCAAGAUGUUUGUGAGGAAGGCCAGGAAUGUCCUCAGGAAGCCAACCCAGUUUUGGAGGCGGAAGCCGGAGAACUCAUUAAAAAUGGUUACGGAUCAAGAAGGGAAGAGAUCGGGUGAUGUUGGUCAGAUACACAACCAAGAGAUGAACCCUUCGACUUCUUUGAAAUCAGCCUCUUGCAAUUCGAAGGAAACAAGAAAGGAUGAUUCGAUCAUGGUCCUAGGUGAUAAUGGUGAAUGUUUGAGAUUGAAUAUUAAUGCAGAGAGGGAGAAUGAUGCGGUCCCAAAUACCCCGAGAAUUGCCCCUUCGUGCAAAGGACUUUCAGACACUGAAUUUGAAUUUGAAAAGGGUUUGGAUGAUGAUUUGUUUCAGGAAGAUGAAUUGGAAAACAGUGAUCCAAGGUGUAUCAGUCAGUCGGCUAAUGCAUUGUUGGGGAAGGCCAAAGGUUUUAGAGAUGCAAUCAACACUGUUGGUGGCCGAGUGGUAUGGAAUAUGGCAAAUGUCGAGGUGGUACCCAUUGCCUCCCAUGAGAAUUGGAUGGCGUGUGAGAUAAAAGGCAUUGGUACAAAUUUUCAUUUUCCAAUUUUUAAUGUAUAUGGCCCAAUGAAGACCGAAGACAAAUUGAAGGUCUGGAGAGAAAUUACAGUGCAAGCAUCUCUAGUUGAGAAGGAUAAAGCUAUCAUAGCAGGGGAUUUCAAUGCUCUACUGGAUGUGGACGAGAAAGAAGGAGGUCUCAGAAAAUGCUCAAAAGUGAUGGAGGACUUCAGAGAUUUCAUUGAACACAAUAAGCUUAUCGAUAUUAUCCCCAAAAAUGGUAAAUUUACCUGGACUAACAGAAGGUUGAACUUCUCUAAAAUAUCAGAAAGACUGGAUAGGUUUUUUGCUGGAGAUUGGUGGUUGUCAGGGGACUUGUUAUUGGUCACUUGCAUUAUUCCCCAGUGCGGCUUUGAUCAUUUACCAAUUUAUUUAUCAAUCAGGAAGGAGACUCAUAAACAAGGGAGCUACUUCAAAUUCCUCAGUAUGUGGUGGUGUGACCUGGGUUUUAAAGAAAAACUCAAGGUGUGGUGGCUAGAAGGAGACACUUUUGUGGGCACCCCUAGUUUCAGAUUUGUUAAAAGGCUUUAA